UAUCACCAUCUAGUUUUUCAAAGUUGGUCACUAAAUUCAACAAAACUGAUUCUCUUUUACCAAAAUAAGAGUUUUUUUUCAAAUGACUACACCGCAGUUAACAUCCCUGACAAUUUGAGUGACGUGUAGUCAACAAAAAAGCACAUUAGAUCCCAAAAAUAUAUGCUUACUGCUUUUCAUGCAGUAACAGACCGAUCCUUAUAUAGAGGCUAGUUCAGUCAGAUCUCACACUUAAUAACAAGGUAAAAUCAUAUUUCAAUCCUGUAAGACUCACAAUGAAAAGAAACAUAGAUCUGCGAAGAUCUUUAAAGCGGAGCCUUGGACGGUGAUUGGCUGAAGAGGAAAUGCGGACUCGAUGCUAACUGGCUGGAGCGGGGACACAUGGUGGAGUCACUGGACAGAGAAGGGGUUCCUCUGCGACUGCCCCUUUGUCUCAGCUAAAGAUGUACAGUUUCAUGGGUGGGGGCCUGUUUUGUGCCAUCGUGGGUAACAUCCUGUUGGUGGUCUCCACCGCCACCGACUACUGGAUGCAGUAUCGUCUGUCUGGAAACUAUGCCCACCAGGGUCUCUGGCGGUACUGCAUGUCCAAUAAGUGCUACAUGCAGACUGAUAGCAUAGCUUAUUGGAAUGCCACCAGGGCCUUCAUGAUCCUGUCGGGAAUGUCGUGCUUUGCAGGCAUCAUAGCUGGAAUCAUGUCGUUUACACACUUCUCCUCCUUCGAAAGGUUCAACCGCUCCUUUGCUGCAGGAAUCAUGUUUUUUAUCUCCACUUUCUUUGUACUGCUGGCUAUGGCCAUCUACACUGGUGUGACCGUGAACUUCCUGGGAAAGCGCUUUGGUGACUGGCGUUUCUCCUGGUCCUACAUCUUGGGCUGGGUGGCAAUGCUCAUGACCUUCUUUGCAGGUAUUUUCUACAUAUGCACUUACAGAAUGUGUGAGCGCAGAAGAGGAACUGGUCCACGCUAGACAUCUGCAGAAAACACAGGACACUCUUAGUUUGGAUCAAAUAGCAGAAAGUAUCAAGGCGGUCCCGACUGCUCCAAUGAAGAUGCAACAUCUGAUGGAGAUACUCUUGCAGGUCUUUGAUGGUCUGCUGGACUUGUUUAUUAAAGGACCCAGGAAAACAGUAUCCUAGGAAUAUUCAACAUUGAUGAUCUUAAGGGAUUUUUAGCCAGCAGAUGGCAGCACUAACACACCCAACCACAGGCUCUUCUGUAACAUAACUUUUCUUUACAUUUGAUUUGAAUAUUGCGUUGAAUAAGAUAAUAAACAUGUUAUAGAAAGCAUAUUGUUUAUGAUUCCUGUAUGGCAAUAAUCUAAACUAUUUUAACUGCAUAUAAAAUGAUGAACAACACAGAAAGAUUUUCUCAACACUUUGUCUAAUGCAGGCAGAAAAUACUCUGAGAGAGCAUUUUUUAUAUAAUUUGAAUUAAAAACAGCAAAGUUCUGCAUGCUGUA